AUGAAUAAUGAUAACAUCAGCCGCGAUAACGAAAUUCUAAAUGCCGGCAUCUAUUAUAUUAAACAAUAUUAUAAAGAAAGUGAAUUUUACGACGGCGACAGAUCACCCUUUUAUCAAACUUGUGUGAAAAAUUGCAAAAAGGCAAAUUGUACUUUAGAUGGAGAAUUUUUACCAAAAGCUGCAGAAAUGCAAGAUACAUGGAGCCGGUUACUUUUUUGGGGCUGCAGAGAUGAAUGCCGUUACAAUUGCAUGUGGCGGACUGUUAGUGGUUUUCAAGAAAGAGGCUAUGAUAUACCCAAGUUUCAUGGAAGAUGGCCAUUCAGAAGAUUAUUUGGCAUACAAGAGCCAGCCUCAGCAUUUGCUUCUUUACUGAACUUGGCAAUGCACAUGUACAUGUACUUUGAUAUGUAUCAAGACCUUCCUAUGAAGAGGAUACCCAUAUUGGUCCCCUUCUGGCAUAUUUUUGCUAUAUUGUGCAUGAACGCGUGGGUUUGGUCCGCGAUAUUCCACACGCGCGAUUUCUUCUUCACGGAGUUCAUGGACUAUGCCUGCGCUACAUCUGUUAUUAUGGCAAUGUUCUUGUCUUCUCUCGUGCGAGUAACCUACAAACAGAAGAGGUUUACCUUAUUUUUGGUGUCGUCUACUCUGCUGUUCUACGCGGACUACGUGCUGUAUCUGUACCAGGGGAAGACCGACUACGAGUACAAUAUGCGCACUAACAUUGUGUUUGGUGUCCUGGGCUCUCUACUGUGGGUGUCGUGGGGCGCGUACCAGAUCGUCAAGUACAAGUACUAUGUAUGGAGGAUUUUCGCUUUCCUCUUUUUGACGCUCGUCACCUUAUCCCUGGAGAUAUUCGACUUUCCUCCCAUCUACGGCUGGGACGCUCACGCUCUGUGGCAUUUGAGUACUGCGCCGCUACCCGUACUUUUAUACAGAUUUGUGGUCGAUGACAUCAAGCAAGUGCAGAAGGAAGAAUUCGACAAAAUGGCU